UAGUUUUUCAAAAGAAUCUGUAAUCUGAUUGCAAUAUUUUAGCUGGUAAUGCAAUUACACAUCAGUCAUGAAUUGCAGUGCUUUGUGAUAUGCUUAGCGAGAGAGAGAGAGCAUAACGAUAUAACAAAUUACUUCCUGAAAGACUUUAGAGCUGUUUCACUACUGGACUGACAUUGGUCCAUCCAAUCUGAUUCCUCAUUCUGUUCCGUUAUAGACACAGGCCAACAUUAACCACAUAGAGACAUAGAAGGUAUCUAACUCUGUUCUCGCUCUGAGAAGUAAACAUGUCUGUGCUGAAUCUCUCGUCCAUCCACCUACUGCUUCUCUUCUCCUCUCUGUCUGGAGUAGAUGGCUAUUUUGGACACUUUGAGAUGAGGUGUCGGUUCAGCUCCGAGGAUCCCCGAGAUAUUGAGUAUCUGCUGCAGGUCUACGGCAACAAGAAGUUACUGGGACAAUACAACAGCACAACAGAGAAAUGUACGGUCUACACACAAUGGAUGAAGAACUUCACUGAAACGGCCUGCAAAGGCCCUGCUUUUCUGGCCGAAAGGAGAGAAGAAAUGAAUAAAUACUGCAGCAGCAACGUUCCUGUGGUAUAUGGGUACUUACUAGAUAAGGCAGUUGAGCCCUACAUCAGGCUGAGAUCAGUGGAGUCAUUCAGUACCAGACACCCGGCCAUGCUCGUGUGCAGUGCCUACGACUUCUACCCCAAACCCAUCAGAGUGACGUGGCUGAGGGACGGACAGGAAGUGACCUCAAAUGUGACUUCCACAGAGGAGCUGGUCAAUGGGGACUGGACCUACCAGAUCCACUCGCACCUGGAGUACACACCCACACCUGGAGAGAGAAUCACCUGUAUGGUGGAGCACUUCAGCCUCACUGAGCCCAAACUGUAUGACUGGGACCCCUCCCUGCCUGGGCCUGAGAGGAAUAAGAUGGUGAUCGGGGCCUGUGGACUGCUGCUGGGGGUGGUCUUUAUAGCAGCUGGACUGAUCUACUACAGGAAGAAAUCUACUGAAGGACGAGUGUUGGAGCCGACCAUGGCGCUGCCAGAAAGUUAUGGCACCAUAUAGUGGUUCACACCAGUCUGCCUUCUGAAGGUUGUGAUCUGAACCCACUUAAUUAGUCUGGGUACCAGUCUUUUUAGCUAACAUUCCACUCCUCGUAGCCUUUUCCGUGACAUAUGCCAAGGAGGUCAAGUAGUGGAAUGUCAGCUAAAAAGACUGGUACCCAGACUACCACUUAAUCAUUCCAAGCAUAAUGUCUUCUGUCUCCCAGGCCUUUUGCAUUGGAGGAGAGGAGAGGUUGCAGCCAGAAACUCCCAAGGCCCUUCUAUAGGGAUCACAAUCACGACAUUCAGAUCAAGAGUUUACCACCGAGUGGCCAACGUGAUCAAAUCUAUGUCCACAUCCUGUGCGUCUGAGACGUUAGAUCUAUGAUAUGAUUUUGUAAGGUAUUUUCAGAUGUGACAAACAAGAUUGGUUUAUGGAAUUGUUCGUCCUUAGGUUUCGAUUCUAAUUCUUGUUUUUAUUGGCAACUGAUGUUAUUGUUUACUUGGCUUUGUCUUUUAUUAAAAUAGUUUUAUUUUGCAGUU